AUGGACAAACGAACUGUGGGCUGCCUUGGUGGAGGCCAGCUGGGCCGAAUGAUGGUCUAUGCUGCUCAUCGAUUGGGAGUUAGGAUGUGCGUGCUCGAUCCGCUUGGAGAGAAGUCUCCUGCCGGACAGGUUGCCGAAAUGUCGGUGAAAGGCAGCUUCCAGGAUGCCGAGGCUGUCCGAGCAUUGGCAAAGAAGUGCGACAUCCUCACGCUCGAGGUAGAGCACGUCAACGCGGAGGUGCUCGAGGAGCUCCAUCAGGCAGGAGUUCCGGUUCAGCCGCUUCCCUUCGUGGUGAAGCUCAUCCAGGACAAGUACGUCCAGAAGGUCCAUCUUCAAAAGCAUGGUGUGCCUUUGCCCGAGUUCGAGAAGGUCGAGUCCGAAGCUGACUUGCACAGCAUCGGCGAGCGAUUCGGCUACCCCAUGAUGCUCAAGAGCAGAUACGGUGCCUACGACGGCAAGGGCAAUGCUGUCGUGCCCAAUGCGCAGGGCAUCACAGCAGCCUUCGAAAAGCUUGGUGGCAAGGCCGGAAAGAAGUUGUAUGUGGAGAAAUGGGCUCCUUUCAAGAUGGAGCUGGCAGUGAUGGUCGCACGCGGUGUGGACGAGACCAUGAACGUCACCAUGCGCACGUACCCAGUGGUGCAUACCGUCCAGCGCGACAGUGUUUGCUUCACCUGCCUGACACCCCCGGUGGGAGUUACGCAGAAGCAGCAGGAGCUGGCGCAGAAGAUUGCCACCGACGCUAUCAAGAGCUUUGGCGACGCUCGGGGGAUCUUUGGUGUCGAGAUGUUCCUUCUCGAGGAUGGCUCCGUGCUGCUCAACGAGAUCGCACCGCGACCGCACAACACGGGCCACUACACCAUGGAAGCUUGCGGCGUGGAUCAGUUCGAGCAGCACCUGCGGUGUGUGCUGGGCCUCCCCUUGGGCGACUGCCAGCUGAGAGUCGGCGGCGCCAUGAUGGUGAACAUCCUCGGACAGGGUGAGACGCCGGAGAUGGUGACGAAGACCAUGGCGCCCCUUCGGCGCGCACUUCUUGUGCCGGAUGCCGGCAUCCAUUGGUAUGGCAAGGAGGGCUGUGCCAAGGGCCGGAAGAUGGGCCACAUUACUGUGACCGGCUUCACCCCGGCCAGCGCGUUGGAAGAAAUCCGCCCCGUUCUGGCGGCUGUUGAUGGUGAUGAUGCCGUCAACAAGCUGGAUGUUCCGACCAAGCCCGCGCCCAGCGUGGGGAUCAUCAUGGGCAGUGACAGCGAUUUGCCCACGAUGAAGGACGCUGCUCAGGUCCUCGAUGACUUCGGCAUCCCAUACGAGAUCAGCAUUGUUUCGGCUCAUCGCACUCCAGAGUACAUGUACGAAUAUGCUACCACAGCGGAGGCCCGAGGCAUCAACGUCAUCAUCGCAGGCGCCGGCGGCGCCGCGCACCUCCCUGGCAUGGUGGCAGCCCUGACACCCUUGCCAGUGAUUGGCGUGCCUGUCAAGUCCUCCACCCUGAGUGGCAACGACUCGCUGCUCUCCAUAGUGCAGAUGCCGAAAGGCAUUCCCGUGGCCACCGUGGCAAUCGGCAACGCGGCCAAUGCGGGACUUCUCGCCGUGCGCAUCCUGGGGGCUGCCAACCCAGGCCAGAGGCAGAAGAUGGCCAGGUAUAUGGCCUCUUGGCUCUUCAGCAGGGCCCUCCGUUUUGAGCGCAAGAUUGGUGAAGUCUGA